AUGGAGGUGGAGUUGGAGCCCAGGGUAAAACCUUUGGCAUUCAAAGUGAAGAGCAUUUCACGAGAAUCACCGACCCAGAAGGCCACACAUGUCUUGGAUGCUGACCUUCGAAACCAUUGGUCCACCGGCACCAACACUAAAGAGUGGAUCCUUCUUGAACUUGAUGAACCUUGUCUGCUUUCACAUGUUCGAAUAUAUAAUAAAUCUGUGUUGGAAUGGGAAGUUUCAGUGGGCUUGCGAUACAAGCCAGAAACAUUUCUAAAAGUUCGGCCCCGAUGUGAAGCACCUCGACGGGACAUUCUGUACCCAAUGAAUUACAGUCCCUGUCGCUACGUUCGUAUUUCUUGUCUGCGUGGGAACCCCAUUGCUAUUUUCUUUAUUCAGUUGAUUGGGAUAUCAGUAACGGGUCUUGAACCAGAGUUUCAGCCAGUUGUGAACUACUUGGUCCCACAUAUUAUGUCACACAAACAAGAAGGUUAUGAUAUGCAUCUUCAGUUACUCCAAGACAUGACGAACCGAUUGGUGACAUUCCUUCCCCAGCUAGAGACAGAUCUUAAUAACUUUGCAGAGGCUCCUGAACCAACUCUACGUUUCCUUGCUAUGCUUGCUGGCCCAUUUUAUCAAAUUCUUCGCAUUGUCAAUGAAAGGGAAGUAGUGAAAGUGGCAGGCAGUCUCUCCGACUCCGAAGCUUCAAAGAAUAGUAAUUUGUCUAUGGCCUUCACAGUUUCCUCCAACUUUGAGCCAAGGAAGCAGCGUAGCGCAUCAAUGUCAAGCUCGUCCUCAUCCAGUUUCUUGGUUUUUCGGCCUGAUAUAAUUUUGACAUUGCUUAGGAUGGCUUAUAAAGAUCCCAUUUUGGGGAAAGUUUGUAAGAUGGUGUCUAGGAUAUUGUUGGUGUUGACCGAUGGUGUAGAGCAUGAACCUACUAUGUCUCAUGUAACAUCUGAUGAGGCAUCAAAAUCGGAGCCUUGUAGUAGCCACUCUUUGUUUGAUUACUCAAUGUUGUUUGGAGAAGAUUUUCUGACUCCAGAUAUUCAUUUGGAGACAAACUAUAUGAAUAUCUUGGACAUUGGAUUGGUGGAAGAGGGACUUCUGCAUCUGCUCUAUGCUUGUGCUUCCCAGCCUGUCCUCUGUAAUAAAUUGGCAGAUAAUGUUUCUGAUUUCUGGCUGGCACUACCAUUAGUACAAGCUUUGCUUCCAGCACUUCGCCCUUAUAUAAGUAGCUCAGAUCAGAUAGAUGAUAGCUUCUCUCAGUGGAAACAACCCUUCAUACAACAUGCCCUGUACCAGAUUGUGGCAACAUCAUCUUCAUCAGUCUAUCGUCCUCUUCUUCGUGCUUUCGCCGGUUACUUGGCAUCUUUCUCUAAUUCACAUGCUAAGGCGGCAACUGUGCUUAUCGAUCUGUGCUGUAGUGUGCUAGCCCCAUGGAUGGCUCUAAUAGUUGCGAAGGUGGACUUAGCCGUGGAGCUAGUUGAAGAUCUUUUUGGAGAAAUACAGGGUGCUCGUGUUUCAUUUGCCCGUGCACGUGCUGCCCUCAAAUAUAUAGUGUUGGCGUUAUCUGGAAGAAUGGACGAUGUAAUGACCAAAUUCAAGGAUGCCAAGCAUCAAGUUCUUUUUCUAGUCGAGAUGCUGGAACCUUCCUUGGAUCCAGCAAUGACACCAGUGAAGAGUGUGAUAUCAUUCGGGAAUGUUUCUUCAAUGUUCCUUGAAAAGCAGGAGCUUAAUUGUGCAAUUGCCUUAGAUGUUAUUCGGGCUGCUGUUAACAAACCUGCUGUGCUUCCGUCACUGGAAGCUGAAUGGCGGCGAGGAUCUGUUGCUCCUAGUGUACUGCUUUCUGUAUUGGAUCCUCAGAUUCAGCUACCAUUAGAUAUUGACCAGCGGAAAUAUCCUGUUGGUGAACUGCAAGAGUCACAAAAAGUCAUCAUGUCAUCUUCUUCGCGAAUUGGAGGAACCUUCUCCAAGUCAACCACCCCAGAUGAUACUGACGGGAAGAUGGAUAUUGUUGAUUUGACAGGAAAGAUGGAUGUUUCUGAGGAUUCGAGUUUUCUUUUUGCCCCUUCAGAAUUAACUAAAUUUUCUCUUACUACCGUAUCAAGCUGUUUUGAAGGGAAAAAAUCAGAUUCUGACUCUGGCAAUAGGGAGCAGAUUAAUGUCAAAAUACAAUCUGCUGAUUUUGGUACAUCAAAUAACACACUAGCAGCAGAAUUCUCAGACUUGCAAGCUGACUAUUUGCAGCUUAUGAACCAUGGAGAUUCUGAGCUUAGGGCUUCAGAAUUUAGACGUUUUGCAAUUGACUUGCUGUCUCAGAGCCCUCUUACUCCUGAAGCUCAUAGUGCUGGUAUUGAUGCUUUGCUCCUGGGUGCUGAGUGUUUUGUUAAUCCUUACUUUAUGAUGCCCUUCUGGGGCACUUCUCUGCCGAUGAACAAAGAGUCUGCUAUCGGAAGCUCUGUAAACUACACUAUAACUGAUGUUAGAGGGAUUCUUGAAAAGAAAGAUAGUGAGUUAAAAGUAUUAGAGGAUCUUGAAAGAAAAAGAGAUAGAGCUGUUAUUGAUCUUCUACUUGAGGCAGCAGAGUUGGAUAGGAAGUUCCGCGAAACAGAGUUAGAUCCGGAGCUGGCUGGCUCAUAUACGGAAGUAAAUGAGGAAGUAGGGAAUUUAUCAAAAGAUGAGAUUAUAUCUGCAGAUGCUAUCACCUUAGUUCGGCAUAAUCAGGCACGUCUGUGCAAAUUUCUAGUCCAACGAUUGCAGAGUGAAGAGCAUCCUAUGCAUGAAAUUCUCAUUCAGAGUCUUUUGUUUUUGUUGCACUCGGCAACUAACUUAGACUGUCCUCCUGAGAAUAUAGUUGAUAUAAUACUAAGGUAUGCUGAUACGUUUAAUGCACUACUGAAAUCACUGUACUUUCAGUUCAAAGAAGGAAAUUUACAGUUAAGCCACUGUAAGUUACACGGGAUACAGCGUCGUUGGCUACUUCUUCAGAAAUUGAUAGUUGCUUCAAGUGGCAUUGAUGAGGAGGCUAAUGUCUCUGUAAAUUUUCACAAUGGUUUCCGGUUUGCAAAUCUUGUUCCACCUUCGGCUUGGCUGAAAAGAAUUUCUGCGUUCUCUUCUUCUACUUCUCCUCUCGUUAGGUAUCUUGGUUGGAUGGCAGUGUCCCGUAACGCCAAGCAGUACAUAAAGGAGCACCUUUUUCUUGCUUCAGAUCUUUCACAGUUGACGAGUUUGUUAUCAUUUUUUUCCGACGAGCUUGCUAUGAUAGGCCACAAUGUAGACCAGAAAGCCGAGUCUAAGACUGGAGAAUUAAAGGACCGUGUUAGCAACGAGUUACCUUCGGCAUCUUCCUGCCAUUAUGUAAAUCAGUCUUUCCAUGCUUUACACCCUGAGAUUAGCCAAUUUUUUCCCAAUUUGAAGAAAGAGUUUGAAGCUUUUGGGGAGUCGAUUCUGGAAGCUGUUGGAUUACAAUUGAGAUCUCUUUCAUCUGUUGUAGUGCCAGAUCUGAUGUGUUGGUUUUCUGAUUUAUGUUCAUGGCCAUUUAUUGGAAAAGAGAAAGAUUUACUCUACUCUCAAAAGAAUCCCGAUCACUUAAAGGGCUUUGUGGCAAAGAAUGCGAAGGCUGUAAUCUUAUUUGUGCUGGAAUCCAUUUUGUCUGAGCACAUGGAAGCAAUAGUUCCAGAAUUACCAAGGAUGUUGCAAGCGUUGACAUCUCUCUGUAGUAGCAGCUAUUGUGACGUGGCAUUUCUUGGUUCUAUAUUGAACUUGUUGAAGCCGGUCAUCUCCCAUUCUCUACAUAAUGUUUCUAAAGAGGAAAACUUAUUGAGUGAUUCAUGUCUGAAUCUUGAAUCUUUAUGCUUUCAUGAGCUUCUGCAUGGCAUUAAGCAGAGUGGGAAUGAUCUAGGACCGCUGGACAAAAGGCAUAAUAGGGCUCUGGCGAUUUUUGUUUUAGCUUCACUUUUUCCUGAUCUAUCCUUCCAGUAUAAAAUUGAAAUAUUACACUCCUCUCUCAUCUUUGCUGAUUUUGCAUCAUUUGAACUAAGGGCUUCUUUACACGACUAUCUAUAUGCGUAUCAGACUCUAAUGGAGAGCUGUAAAAAAGUUUUCAUUGGAACACUGAAAGUGUUUGGUGUCAUUCCGUUAAAGACAUACCCAUCAACAAUUGAUGAAUCUCUAUAUCACAGUUCUCAAUCAUACUCGGGGUUCCUUGAUGACGUUUUAAAUCUUUCUCCUUCAGUUGAGGUACCGUCGGAGCUUGAAAGCAAAGAUGUUGGCACUGUUCAGGUGAAUGGAAACGGUUUUCUAUCCAACAAUGCAGAUAUUAUGAAAUUUUCGGAGGUGUUUGACUGCCUUUUUCAUAAGCUUUCCCCAACAAUUGACCAAUGCUAUAAGAUACAUCACAAACUGGUAAAUAAGUUGGCACAGACUUCUUCAGAGUGUUAUGUGUACUCGAAAAACCUCUCAUCGCUUGCAGGAAAAGCUGUUACACAGUCAGGUUGUGAGAAAGAAACCAUCAUUCCUACUAGUUCUUUACGAUGGUCUGUGGAUGAUUGGAACAUCAGUCUUCAGGAAUUAGUAGAAGUGAUACUGGUACUUGAUGAAAAACGUUGCUGGAAUGUUGCAUCAGUGAUGCUUGAUUGUCUGCUUGGUGUUCCGCAAUGUUUUCAUUUGGGUACUGUGAUUGAUAAAAUAUGUCUUGCCAUAAAACAGUUCUCUUGCAGAGCACCACAUAUUGAAUGGCGACUGCAGACUGAUAAAUGGAUACCUUUAUUGUUUAAGAGAGCAAUCCAUUUCGACCCCAACAGUGAAUCUCCUCUGGUUGAUCUCUUCUGCUCCAUGCUUAAACAUCCUGAACCUGAACAGCGGUUUAUUGCCCUUAAGCAAUUGAGAAAACUUAUGGUUGAUGAUGUUGAUGGUGGGUUAGCUUCAUUAUCAUCGACGCCGAUCACAGGAGGAGCUUCAGAUCUAAAUGUGUCUUCUUCUGUACCGAUUUUGGCAACUUUAGUUUCCAUUACCUGGGAUCAGGUCGCCUGCAUGGCAUCCUUGGAUACAUCUCAUGUUCUAAGAACACAUGCUUUGGUGCUUCUAAUGAACUACAUACCAUUUGCUGAACGUAAAAAGUUGCAAUCGUUUCUUGCUGCUGCUGAUAUUUUUCUUCAAGGUUUAGCAAAUCUGGCACAGUCAGCAUGUGAAGGUCCCAUGGCCAAAUUUUCGCUGGCACUUAUUGCAAAUAUUUGUUUGCAUUGUCCCACUGAAGAUAUUUAUUUGAUACCAGAGAUUGUCUGGAAGAAUAUCGAAACUAUUGGAAAGCUUGAAAAUGGGAGAUGUCCAAUGGGCUUGGAGAGAAGGACUUGUGAAGCCUUAUGCAGAUUGCGAGCUGAUGAGGAUGAGGCAAAGCAGAUGCUGAGGGAAUUGCUCACUUCAACUACUUCAAAACAACCCGAUCCAAAUUUUGCGAGUACACGGGAGUCAAUUCGACAGGUCAUGGCCAAUUUUACAUCUGCCCAGUCAUACUUCGAUUUCUUCUCUAAGGAAAUCAACAAAAAUGAAUUGGAAUUCGAGGAGGCGGAAAUUGAAUUGGAACUUCUUCAGGAAGAAAACGCCAUAGCGGAACCAUUGAGCGGUGUUAAAGAUUUGCUUCGUCAUCCCUUUGUUGAUGUAGAAGCUAAGGAUGAUAACCGUCUGCAACAAAUCAAGGAUGGAAUUAGAUCCCUGGAGAAGACCAAACUAAAAAUGGAGAUAAUAGCUCGCCGGCAACAGAAGCUUCAGCUCAGGGGCGCUCGUCAGAAAGUCCUGGAAGAGGCUGCUAUACGAGAAGCUGAACUGUUACAAGAACUUGAUAGGUUUUGCCUUCUAUUGACUGAUCAUGGUAUUUUUUUCAGUGUUGGUCUCUAUAUCUUAGAUGCUGGAAACAUUAUCAGGGAGCGGACUUCUGAAGUGGAAAGGGAGAUUGAGAGACAAAGGUUACUGGAACUUGAGCGUGCAAAAACGCGGGAGCUGCAGCAUAGUCUUGAUAUGGAGAGAGAGAAACUCACUCAGAGAGAACUGCAGAGGGAGCUUGAGCAAGUGGAAUCCGGAGCUCGACCAUCUAGGCGAGAAUUUUCAUCCUCAAGUCAUAGUAGGCCACGGUACAGGGAGAGAGAAAAUGGAAGAGCUGGAAAUGAGGGCAGCUUGAGAGGAAUUACUGGCAGUGCUCAGACUGAGACAGCUGCCACAAGUCCAUCCAUGACAACUGUGCCAAAAGUUGUACUGUCAGGAGGAAGGCAAUUCUCAGGCCAAGUCCCCACCAUUCUUCAAUCACAAGAUAGAUCCGAUGAAACAGGCAGUGUUUAUGAGGAAAAUUUUGAUGGGACCAAGGACUCAGGUGACACUGGCAGUGCUGGGGAUCCAGAUUUGAUUUCAGCGCUUGAAGGACAAUCAGCUGGUUAUGGAUCCUCUUUGAGGCAUGGAUCCAGAGGAGGAAAAUCUAGGCAAAGUAUGGAGAGGAGAGAACGAGACAGUCGGCGCGAAGGAAAAUGGGAAAGAAAACAUUGA